AUGAAUAAUAAAAAUAAAAAAGUAUUAAAUGUAAAUAAUAAUGAUCAAUAUUUUGGAAAUUCAAUACCGUCCUCGCCAAUUAAAAUAGGGAAAGAAAAAAAAGGUUUGGGUACUAUAACAUCAAAACUAUUUUCAAAUUUUAAACUCGAUAGUAGUGAUGACGAAGAAGAUUAUAAUAAUACCUCAACAACCAAUUUAAAUACAACCAUUACACAUUUAGACAAUAGCGCCUAUGAUGAUAGUGAUAAUAGCUAUGAUAGUAGUGAGUUUAUAGAUCACUAUAAAGAGAACUUUUUUCAAUCAGUUUUACAAGAUAUAAAAGAACAAAAAGAGUUAGAAGAAAAAAAAAAGCAUACAUACACCGAUAAUAGUGAAGGUAAUAGUUUUAGUAGCUACAGCAGUUUCAAUAGUGCUAGCUAUGGCAAUAGUAUUGGUACAUAUGAAUCAUUUAAGAAUAUUUUAAAUAUAAAGGAUAGUAGUGAUACUCUUCAACAGGAUAAUAGUAUUGAUAACAAUAACAAUAACAAUAAUAAUGGCAAUAUAGUUUUAGUUAAUCAAAAAAAUUUAUUAUCUAAUAAUAACAAUAAUAAAAAUAAUAAAAACAAUCAAACUAAUAUUAAUGGUUCAAAAAGAAGAAGGAAGAAAAAGGAAAAUAUUAUAUAUACAGAAAAACAAUAUCAACUGUUUUUAGAUAAAAUAAAAAAAGAUACUGAAAAUUGUGGUGGUGAAUUUGCCAAGCUAUUAUUAAAUGUCAAUACAAUUUGUGAUAAUAUUGGUAAAAUAUCAUCAAGUAAUAUGGAAAACUAUGCAUCAACAAUAAAUAAGGCCACUUUAGAGGCUGUUAGGGUAUCAGAGACAUUGAAAAUGCUUAUUAAUUCAUUGGAAUUGUUAAACUCGGAUAUGUUCGAAAUGUAUAAAUUAAAUAGUCAAAUGUAA